AUGGAUUGCAGAGUUCAGUUUAGCGAGAGCAGCGGUGACAGAAGGGGCAGCAGUACCAGUUCCCUUCAAGAAGAUCUCUCCAACCUUGUGAUCUGGGCACACACUCAUGGGACCAUAUGCAACCAGAUCCCAACCCUGGAAUUUAUGCAGGACACAGAUCACAUGAACAAUGACAACGUUGUGCUGUGGAUGUGCAGAACUGGACAUGCCUAUCACUGGCACUGUGGGAAGUCACACAACAGAGGUGAAGAAGUGACUGAGGCUGUAGAAAUGAGAAAGAGGCUCCUGCCUCCUGAGUCUUUGGCAAGGGAAUCCGGCUUUGAGGAAAAGAGGCUCAAGCUGACCCCAUCACUUUUUGAGACGGAUCGAAGAGAUUCUGAGAGCACAGAGCCAUGUGGCAGAUCCCAAGAGGUCACUGAGCAGAAGGCUGACAGUGCCUACACAAUGAAUAAUGAGCCCAAGGGGAAUCAAAAUACCAGGAAACCCAAAACAUCAUUCUCUGCAGCACAGCAUCACUUCUCCAUGUCUGGUAGUAGAGUCCAGACUGGCAAACAGGAUGUGAAGUCCAAAAGUGACAAAGAUACAGGGAUCAUUGUCCUUGAUGAAAAGCAGUGUGAGGCAGAUGAAGACAACCAAGGAGACAGAAUCAGCCCGGAUAAGUCGGAGCCAUCUGUUGAGGAGUUGCAGAUGCAGAACAGCCAGAAGAUGGCAUUGCACCAUCCAACAGCCUCCCAAAAAACUGCCUUUGCCCCCACGGCAAAGCCACCCAUAGCCUGUACCUACAUUCUGCAGACUCCUGUCAGCGACUCAGAGGACCUGAGCAGGAACAUCCUGAGGCUGGCUUCUUCCACUGCUGCAGGGCCCACAGCUGAAACUUCCAGAGCAAGGAGCCCCCCAGGGUCAACAGCACCAAGGGUAUGUUUGAAACCCCUUCCUAUCCCCAGCACUGAACCCAAGGCCCAGCUUGAAUCACAGCCCUCAGUGACAUUCUUUGAGCUCCAAGCCACUGCUGCUGUUCAGCAACUCCAGCUGAGCCCUCCAGGGCAUGGCACACUGGGCUCCAGUGAGAACAGUGAUGAGAAUGUGGGUGGGAACAGUGAGACAUCAGAAUCUGGGCAGACACCUUGUUCUUCAGCCUUGUGGAGUCCAGAGAGCCAUCCACCUGCAGUCUCAAGUGGAGAUAGGCUGAAGAAGCAGGAGAAAAAGAAAAGAUGUACCACUGGAAACAUAGAAGUGUUUAGAGAGUGGCUGAAGUUGCACCACCCCUCCGAGAUGUGCGAGAUCCACACGCUGCCUCCUGCAGACCUCGACCACUACCUGGUCUCAUUCUUCAGUUCUGCCAAGAAAAACAGUGGCAUGGAUUUUUCUGCCAGUUCCUUAAGCUUGUUCCGGUACAACAUCAACCGCUACCUCCAGAACCACAACUACCAGUACGACAUCGUGAGAGCUCCAGAGUUCAGGGUCUCUCAGGAAGCCUAUAAAUUAAAGCAGUAUUACCUGCUUCAAAAGAAGGAGGAAAGGUGGAAUGUUGUGGAGAACCUGACAGAUGAAGAUGUGGAAAACCUUCUUAAGAAGAGAAUUUUAAGCAAGACAGAUCCUCAAGGCUUGCUGCAUCUCAUGUUCACCAACCUCAUUAGGGGGUUUGGGGCAAACACCCACUCCCAGGCCUACCAGCUGUACUGGGGACAGGUGGUGCUGAGGAAGACCAAAGGAGAGGUGGAGUACUUGGAGUGGAAGGAUCAUCUGAGUCCCAGGGGAAACGAAGGGAAGCUAAGCCCACGGCUCUUUGCCAAGCCUGAGGAUCCAGAGAGAUGCCCGGUCGCCAGUUACAAGGAGUAUGCCAGGAAGAGGCCACCAGGCAUGCUGGACGACCACCACCCUCUUUACCUGUCUCCCAAGUCACUGUACUCCAUCUGGGACAAAGUGUGGUACAGCAGGAAGGCACUGUCAAAAGGCAGAAUUAGCAAGAUCUUGAAAGUUAUUACCCAGGAAGUCAGAGGAGCCGUAAGGAAUACCAAGGAAUAAGGGUGUCCCUUCGGCUUUGCCCCUUCAACCACUCCAAGAGU